GUCACACCGAUCGGGGCAUUAAAUUUCAUUUAAAACAGAAAUUGCUUGAGUUCAAAUAAACAUGGCUAUGGAGGAUCUGAUGAAGAUGUGCCGCGUGUGCAUGGGCGAGGCGGAGGAUCUGGUGGACAUCUACGACAACAAGAGUAUGGAGGACGGCUUGUCCGCCGAUCUAAAGCUGGCCAAGGAGCCAGAACCCACGCCUGCAGAUCUCCUGAAGAAGUGCUGCCCGUUUCCGAUUUCCCCGGACGACGGCUUCCCCAUGAAGGUCUGCGAACCGUGCCUAAAGAAAAUGCGGAUGGCUCAUCAAUUUAGGAGGCGCUACGCGAAGAACAUCGCCUACCUGGAGCGCGUAAAGGAGGAGCAAAAGGACCAGGAGACAUUGGAUAUGCUGGAGGCCGAGGACUGGGGCCUGGUGGAUCGCAUCAAGAGCGAAGCCGAGGAGGAGGAGGAGGACGAGAACGAGAACCUUGAGCCAAAGAAAAAGAAUCCCAAGCUGCAGACAGAGAAACCGCGACCCUUCAAGUGCAACGACUGCCCCAAAAGUUUCACCGGCAAGGCCCAGUUGACCAUGCACAGUCGCACCCACUCCAAAGGAACCCGGAAGACGUCCACUCGUCCCAAACGACGGUCCAUCAAAUAGGAUUCCCCGCCUGCGAAUCGCGAGGCUUUAGGCUAGAAGCUUGGCAAGCCAAAAAUGUAUAAUUUAAACACCCCAGACAAAUAGUUGCUAUUCUAUCAACUGCAUUCAUCGCCUAGUUAGGUUCAAUCAUCUUGUUAAUAAUACUUUCAUGGAAAAAAAUCAGUUUUCCACUAAACUUUACUUAAAGUUUUAAAAGGAACUUCAAAUAUAGUUGUUACUGGUUUUCGUAUCCCUAUUAUAAGAAUGAUAACAUUACUAAAAAAAAAGUAUAAUCCCAUGACAUGCUUCUUAAAUAAAUAAGUUUCAUUACACCAA